AUGUCCCGUUUCUUUUCGUCUAAUUACGAAUACGAUGCUGCCAGUUCUUCAUCCGAAGAAGAUCUUUUAUCUUCGUCCGAAGAAGAUUUAGUGAGUUCUUCCUCCUCUGAAUCCGAAUUGGACCAAGAAUCCGAUGACUCCUUCUUCAACGAAAGUGAGAGCGAAAGUGAAGCUGAUGUAGAUUCUGAUGAUUCCGACGCCAAGCCUUAUGGUCCCGACUGGUUUAAGAAAUCUGAGUUUAGAAAACAAGGUGGUGGCGGUUCCAGCUCAAAUAAGUUUUUGAAAAAUUCCAACUAUGACUCCAGUGAUGAAGAAUCAGAUGACGAAGACAACAAGAAAGUUGUCAAGUCUGCCAAGGAAAAGCUAUUGGAUGAAAUGCAAGAUGUUUAUUAUAAGAUCUCUCAGGCUGAGAAUUCUGAUGAUUGGUUGACCAUUUCCAAUGAAUUCGAUCUGAUCUCUCGUCUUUUGAUUAGAGCCCAGCAACAGAACUGGGGGACCCCAAACAUUUUCAUCAAGGUUGUUGCCCAAGUGGAGGAUGCUGUGAAUAAUACUCAACAAAACGAUUUGAAAAACAAAGCCGUUGCCAGAGCUUACAACACCACUAAGCAAAGAGUCAAGAAGGUUUCCAGAGAAAUUGAAGACUCAAUGACUAAAUUUAGAAAUGAUCCUGAGUCUUUUGAUAAAGAACCAAGCGCAGAUUUGGAUGCUUCCGUUAACGGAUUCAGAAUUUCUUCAUCGCAAGGCGAUGACUUAGCUGUACAAGAAGACUUCUUCACCAGACUACAAACGAUUAUUGAUUCAAGAGGUAAGAAAACCGUUAAUCAACAAAUUUUGAUUUCAACUUUAGAAGAAUUGUUAACUGUGGCCGAAAAACCUUACGAAUUCAUAAUGGCCUAUUUGACUUUGAUUCCAUCAAGAUUCGAUGCCUCAGCCAACCUGUCUUAUCAACCAAUCGAUCAAUGGAAGUCCUCAUUCAACGAUAUUAGUAAAUUAUUGUCCAUCUUGGAUCAAACUACUGACACAUACCAAGUGAGCGAAUUUGCUGAUCCAAUCGACUUCAUUGAAGACGAACCAAAGGAGGAUGCCAACGGUAUUAAAAAAAUCUUGGGUUCCAUUUUCUCCUUUGUUGAAAGAUUAGAUGACGAAUUUAUGAAAUCUUUAUUGAACAUUGACCCUCAUUCUAGUGACUACUUGAUCCGUUUGAGAGACGAACAAUCCGUUUACAAUUUGAUCUUGAGAACCCAGCUGUACUUUGAAGCCACUUUGACAGACGAACACGAUUUAGAAAGAGCUUUAACUCGUCCAUUUGCUAAGAGAUUAGACCAUAUCUAUUACAAAUCUGAAAACUUGAUAAAAAUUAUGGAAACUGCUGCUUGGGAAAUCAUACCAGCUCAAUAUCAAUCCAAAUUUACUUCAAAGGAUCAACUCGAUUCUGCUGAUUAUGUCGACAAUUUGAUAACUGGAUUGUCGACAAUCUUAGCCAAACAAAACAACAUCGCUGUUCAAAAACGUGCUAUCUUAUACAACAUUUACUACACUGCAUUAAACAAGGAUUUCCAAACCGCAAAAGAUAUGUUAUUGACUUCUCAAGUUCAGACCAACAUUAAUCAAUUCGACUCCUCUUUGCAAAUAUUGUUCAACAGAGUCGUUGUCCAGUUAGGUUUAUCAGCCUUCAAAUUAUGCUUAAUUGAAGAAUGUCAUCAAAUCUUGAAUGAUCUUCUAUCAAGUUCUCACUUAAGAGAAAUUUUGGGUCAACAAUCCUUACAUAGAAUCUCCAUGAAUUCCACUAACAACGCUUCAGCUGAUGAACGUGCUAGACAGUGUUUACCAUACCACCAACACAUUAAUCUAGAUUUAAUCGACGUCGUCUUCUUGACAUGCUCUUUAUUGAUUGAAAUUCCAAGAAUGACUGCAUUCUACUCCGGUAUUAAGGUCAAGAGAAUUCCAUACUCACCAAAAUCUAUUCGUCGUUCUUUAGAACAUUAUGAAAAGUUAAGUUUCCAAGGUCCACCAGAAACUUUAAGAGACUACGUCUUAUUUGCUGCCAAAUCAAUGCAAAAGGGUAACUGGAGAGACUCUGUUAAAUAUUUGAGGGAAAUCAAAUCUUGGGCUUUGCUACCAAACAUGGAAACCGUAUUGAACAGUUUGACCGAAAGAGUACAAAUCGAAUCUUUAAAGACUUACUUCUUUUCUUAUAAGAGAUUCUACUCAAACUUUUCUGUUGCUAAAUUAGCCGAAUUGUUUGAUCUUCCAGAAAAUAAAGUUAUUGAGGUUUUGCAAUCUGUUAUUACAGAAUUAGAAAUCCCAGCCAAAUUGAACAAUGAAAAGACUAUUUUCGCUGUCGAAAAGGGCGAUGAGAUUACUAAGUUGGAGGAAGCCAUGGUCAAAUUAAACAAAGAAUAUAAAAUUGCUAAAGAACGUCUAAACCCACCAUCCAAUCCCCACCGUCGUUAA